GUGUCUGUUUAGAAGAUCAUCACAACGCUGCUUUUGAUCGUCCUUUUUCCUUUUUUCCUGUCCUUCACAGCUUCUUGGGAAUAGUUUUCUGUCCAUCAGUUGCUGUCUACGACCAGACAUGUCCAGGAAACAGAAGUGGCAGGAAAACCUGCUUGUCCGCCCAAAUGCUGCUAAAUCAAAUCAGAAGAAGAGGAGGAAAGACCCCACACACCCUGCGCUUGGCCUACCUAAGCAGACAGCAACUGAAAGAGGCCAAAUGUCUAAUGGCAGCACCAGUAGUAUCAGUGAUAGCAAUAAUAGCCUGAACACUAAUAGCAGCAGUGCUAGUUGCAGUAGCAUGAAUGCUAGUAGCAGGGGUGGUAGUAUCAAUAGCAAUACUAAGAGGAGUAGCAACAACUGCAUAGCUUGCAGCACAGAAACUACAAGUGAUGUUAGUAGUGUUAUUAAUAAUGGUAGCAACAGCAAUAGAGGCGCCAGUGUUGUCCACAGUGCUAGCACUUCAAGCAACAGUAAAGGAAGCAGUAGCAUGAGUGGUGGAGGUAGAAGCACUAGUGCUAGUGUUAAAGGCAGCAGCAUUAGUAACAAAAGAAUGGAAACUGUGAUGGGUGCUAUGGAGGAUAGCUCUCCACUGCCCUCCUCUGUAGGGAGGGGGCUUCAGGAAGUGGAGGCAGAGCUCAGUGGAAGAAGAAGGGACAGCAACACCAGCUCCCCCUGCAACUCCUCAGUCAGCUCCUGUCUCUCCUCACCGCUCAGCCAGCUACCCGACAGCUCUAACACAAAUGAUGCUAAGAGUCGGCAAGGUAUAGAGAGCGGUUAUUCCUCUCUGGAGAAGACGAGAUCCGACACUGAGGACAAACAGAUGGGUUGUGACCCACAUGACAGAAGAUCUCAGGUGAUUGAGCAGUUUGAGAAGGAAAAUGGUGUGCAUUCUCAUGCCGAGGUAUUUUCCUGUUCUUCUUCACCAUCCUCUAUCUCCUCUACUUCUGAACAUAACCAUGACAGAAGAGCUAGUCGCAGUGCUGCACAGGUGUUGGUCCAAAACCAUGAUGAUUCUGGUAUCACACAAACCUCUGCCUCCACCAACAGGCGCUCCAAGUCACUGGAGCGCAGUCUUGCUGAACACACCACCACACCUGACCUACUGAACUUUAAAAAGGGAUGGAUGACAAGGCUAGGAGAAGAUGGCAAGUGGAGGAAGCAUUGGUUUGUUCUAACUGACCAGUGUUUACGAUUCUACCGGGACUCAGUUGCUGAAGAGGCUGCUGAUCUGGAUGGUGAGAUCAACCUGUCCACUUGUUAUGACAUCACCGAUUUUCCAGUGCAGAGGAACUAUGGCUUUCAGAUUCAUACUAAAGAUGGAGUUUUUACACUGUGUGCAAUGACUUAUGGGAUACGUCGGAACUGGAUUCAGGCCGUUUUGAAGAAUGUUCGACCAGGUGUCGCUCCUGAUGUCGCAAGGAAAAAUGCUUCUAAAAUAUCAAGUGCUUUCCCUCAAAAGGCGUCUUUGAGUUCGCUUCCUGGAAAUAAAGACUCCUUCUCUUUAAACACUUCCUGUUCGGAGGUGGAGAAGCGGAGCCGUGUCAGUGAACGUCGUAAAGAGGGCCGUUAUAAAACAUUUGAUUGGGCAGAGUUUCGUCAGAGGCAACAGAAAAGGGAGGACUUCAGCAGGCAGUCAUAUAGCAGAGCAGAGCCAGCUUGUGUCCCUCUUGCACCUGCAUCGUCUCCUGAAGAACCUAGCCGCACCUGGACCAGCGAGGAACCCACAGACACAGGGAAGAAUUACCUUUUUGAAAGAAAGCUCCAUUUACAGACUCCACAAGUGACCACUGACACUCCCACCAACUCAAUGCCAUAUACUGAUGCUUCCAUUCAUACGGCCUCUGAACAGAGUGGUCAAGAGAGAGAAGUUGAUGGUGUGGGUGUCUUCAGUGACAUUUCUAAUGCACAGGUGGAAACUGAACCUGAGGAAGAGAAGAGAAAGACUGAUUAUUCCACCUCACCAUCGCCAGCAUCAUUCUCUUCAUCCUCAGUGCAGACGGAGUUGGAGUGGGGGGUGGAGAUUCAGACCCUCCGCAGUGAACUGAAGGCAGAGCAGGAGAGAAGUGAGAAAGAGGUGAGGGAGUUAAAACUCUCAAAGGCCCACCUGCAGGCCGAGUUGAACGAUGGUCAGGACCACUUACAUGAGACAGAGUCAAAACUGCAGAAUGCAGAGGCCACCUUGAGGGAAAGAGAUGAUGCUCUAGAGCAACUGUGCAGUCGCUUGGAAGAGGUAACAGGACGUUUGAAAGCAACAGAAGAGGCACAAGCUCUUAAAGAUGUCCGUCUGGAGAGACACUUGCGCCUCCUGCAGGAGAGUCAGGAGAGGGAAAGGAGAAGCCUUAGUGAUAGUCUUGACCAUGCAGAGAAACGUGGGAAGGAACUGGAGGAGCGGCUGCAGCAGAUGGAAGCAGAGCUGCAAAAUGUGCCUAUGGUAGACAGAGUGGAGGAACUGGAGAGGAGGUGCCAGGAAUUGCAGAACCAGCUGGAAGAGUCAGAUAAUGAGGUUGGCCGGCUGCAGGCACGGCUCCGGAGCGAGGAGACACUGUAUUAUGAUAUGGAGCAUGACUAUGAACGAGUGUGUGAGGAGCUGGAGUGUGCACGUGGUGCCCUACAAGAUUACGAGAGAGUGUGCGAGGAACGCUUUGGAGCCCAAUUGGAGCAGCAACAAAGGGAGCUAAACAGGAAGGAGCGUGAGCUACAAGAGGUGCUUGUCAAAAUGGCUGCCUUGGGUACCAGUUUGGAAGAGACUGAAUGCAGGCUGAAAGAAGCUCAGAGCCAUCUUCAGAAGGGCUGCAUGACUCAGGAUGGGCCAACUGAGGGACAAAGUCUGCCAGGCAGUUCAGACAUUGGGCAAAUGGUCAAAAACAGCAGGCACACUGGAACAGAAAUGCAAACAGUUGCUCAGGGAGAUGAAUCGGAGAGAGUGAUCUCAGUGAUACAAGCAUUGGAGAGCAAGUUAUGUGACACAGAACAGAGGCUCAGAGAGAUUACCAUGCAUCUGCAGCAGCAGCAACAACUUAAUGCUCUCAAUGGUGAAAGUCGGUGGAACAUACAAAAAUCCCCUGAGUCCCUGAGUGCUGAAGAUACAUUAGAUGACCUAGAUGUAAAGCAGGGUGGUCAAGCAUUGCAUUGCCUGCAGGGGAUCAUGCUGGAGAGGACUACUGCUAAUACUAAUGUUACUAUGAUUGCUAAUGGAAUGAUCAAAUCUGAUAUCCAACGAGACCUGCAAAAAGGGAGUGGGAGUUCAGAGAGGCGAUUAAGUCUAGGCAUGGCUAGCAGGAUCCUGUCUCUGGAGGUACUGGUGAUUCAAAGGCUGGCUUCUGCACUAGAGCAUCCUAGCAGGGAGCUGCUUCAGAAACUCUUCAAUCUGCAAGUGCAGGCACAAGCACUGAGAGAUGCUCAAGAUGGGAACCCUGAAGGAAACUAUUCACGGUUCUUCACUUGCUAUCAAGAACUGGAUGAGACAAGUGGGUUCACUUUGGGUCAGAUUGAUAUCUCCAGACUAUGUGUGAGAGCAGAACUAGCAUACCUUACAUACAACCUCCACCGAUAUAACUCAGAAGAACAGCAGGGAUCAGAUGCCUUUAAUCCCUCUCCCUGGCUUGUGUCUGAAGUCACACCACCUGGUACCAGAAGAGAAACGGGCUCGAAGCCAAAUUUCAGGCUAGCCGACAUCAGCCCUCCUGAACUAGCCCCAUACAGCGAGCAGAUCCAAAAGGGCCCAGAAGAGGAGCUCUGUCCAAGGGACACUGAGCUUCAGUGCACAGUCAGUGAGAGCCUUGCAGCAGAGCUGCGCUUGCAGGCCCAGUCGAUUCAGACCCUCUCCGUCCUGCUGCAAUCUGAGGAUGGUGAUGUAGACAUGCUACCUGAGCUUCCUCCAGCUGUCCUGCACACUGUCCUGUCCCGGGCCACUCUGGUGUAUGUAAUGAGUCGUUUGCGCUUGUUUCUACAACAAGAACUUCAUGUAAUACGAGAGCAGCGGGAGCGGGCCAUGUGUGAGUGCCGUGCUGUGUGCCGCAGUAUGGAGGCACUUUUUCAGGAGCAGACUCAGCGCUACGAGGAGAAGCUACGCGAGGGUCGCGUGGUCAUCGAAAUGGCUGAGCUGGGGCGCGUCUCUGCAGAGACUGAUGCCCAGAUAAGGGGGCAGGAGGUGCAGCGACUGGAGGCAGAAUUUGAAGAGAAGCUCCAGGAGCUUCAGCGAAUCCAUGAGGAGGAGAUGACUCGUCUUCAUGCAUACUACACCCAGAGCCGGCCGCGUGCCUUGACCCCCUCAGACUCCAGCGAUGGAGAUGAGAACAGUUGUGUGAGUGCUUUGAAAGAGCGAAUUAGAGAGUUGGAAGCACAGGUUGGCUGUUUGGAAGAUGAGCUCCGUAGCGGAGAUGCUCACUCCCUGAGACAAGCAUAUGAACAGGAGCUGGAGACCCUGAAGGCUACUUGUGAACUUGGCUUCAGCAGUAUGGAACAGAGCCAUCAGAGAGUGAUUGAAGAGAUGCAGCGGCAGCACCAGAUAGAGGUGGAACGACUAACAGAGGAGAGAGAGAGAGUACUGCAAGAGGAAACCAACGCUACCAUUGCAGCUAUUGAGGCCAUGCGGAAAGCUCAUAAGGAGGAGCUGGAGAAAAGUCAAAAGGCCCAGCAAAGUGGAGCCAACACAGACAUCAGCAAGCUGCGAGCCCAGUUUGAUGUGGAGCUAGAGUCACUGCACAGAGAGCUGGAGGUGUUGUCUGAGCAGUAUUCUCAGAAAUGUCUCGAAAAUGCCCACCUGAGCCGAACUAUAGAGACAGAGAGACAGGCUCUUAGCUCCACAGAGAGAGAGAACCAAGAGCUCUACAAACGCAAUACGGAACUGAAUAAGCGCUUGGUGGCUGAGCUUUCUCUCAUGCAGUCUUAUAUGAACGGAGGAGUGGAUCAUGCACAACUCUCUCCAGGCAAAGACAUCUAUCAACUAGAGGUGACUCUGAGGGUAAAGGAAUCAGAAAUCCAGUGUCUGAAGCAGGAGAUCAGCUCACUGAAGGAGGAACUGCAAGCAGCAAACAGACAUGCUAAGAAGCUUCUAAAUGAGUUGAGUGUUUUAGGAGCCAAAUGUCCAAGUGACAGUGUUAAACACACAGCCGAGCAUUCCAGCUUUCAGAGCUACAAAUAUGAUUUGAAGUCCAGAAGUAAUCCUGACUUCAUGAGGGAGCGCUCUAAACGAAAGCAACCUACCAGAUCAAAGAGUCUAAGGGAUGGCCUCUCUGUUCAGGAGAGAAUGAAGCUUUUUGAAUCAGACGACAACAGAAAGACCUAACCGUGUGCCUGUGCUCAUGUUUGCAUGCACUUUUCAUGACUGUCUCUCUUAGUUUGUUUUACAAGGGUUUAGAAAUGUAACAUUUAAUACACAAUAGUGGAUGGACUGUAAUUUCUUUUUUUCUUUUUUUUUUUUAAUGGUUGAGCUUUAACUUAGAUUUGUCCAUCAACAGGGCAGGAUCUUCUUUGAUUGGUGCUUUGAGGAAGAUGAUCUGUGCCAUCACACAAGUCAUAUUAUUAUUGUAUGUUCACAUUUGUUGUAGUUAAUUAUAAAACUUUACACCUGCUUGAUUUUCAGUGUUUAUGAAUAAAAUCAAGAUCCUCUUGUCUUUAA